AUGAAGUAUCUUCGCCUGGCUUCUGUGGCCGCUCUUAUCAGCGCCGCUACUGUCUCCGCUGGCCCAUUGGGCAUCCGCGAAGAUGACGGAUACUGCCCUAAGGGCUACACUAUGAGUGUCUACUACAAGACCAUCUAUGCAUCUGCGACCUCUGUACAGUCUACAGUUGCCUCGUCGUCUACUACGGCUGCUGUCCUGUCUCAAACCACCGCUGCGCCCACAUCGACUACUUCCGUUGUCGUGGAGUCCACGACUACUGCCCCAGUUAUCAAAAUCGAGACUACGACCUCUGCCGCCCCUGCUGCCGAUACCACAACUGCCACGGCCGAAAUUGUCAAGUCCGAUCCAGCUGUGGUUGUUCCCCCCACUUCACUUGCGACUCUCCCCGUUGAGCCUACUGCUGUCCCGGUCGUGAAGGCCCCAGUUGUGAAGGCCCCCGCCGAGCAGACCACCACCAAGGCUACCGUUGAAGCUCCCAGCACUUCUACCAAGUCCUCUACUUCUUCCUCUUCCACCAAGUCUGCAUCCACCAGCCCCUCUAACGGCACCCCCGGCAAGGCCACCUUCUACGGCGGCAAUGUCGGUGGCGGAACCUGCUCAUUCUCCGGCUACACCCUCCCGAGCCACCUCUUCGGCGCAGCCCUCUCUCUUCAGCGUUGGGAUGACGCAGCCAACUGCGGUUCCUGUGUUUCCGUCACCGGACCCAGUGGUAACUCCAUCAAGGCAAUGAUCGUCGAUCAAUGCCCCGAAUGCGAAAGCAACCACCUCGAUCUCUUCCAGAACGCCUUCGCCGAGCUCUCAGAUAUCUCCGCCGGCAUCAUCCAGACCACCUGGUCAUAUGUGUCUUGCGAUCUGGACGGACCCAUCAAGCUCAAGAACAAGGAGGGUACAUCCGCCUACUGGUUCUCGAUGCAAGUUGUUAACGCCAACGAGCCUGUGGCUUCGUUGGAUGUUAGCACUGACGGUGGUAGCACGUGGCAGGAAACCUCCCGCCAGUACUACAACUUCUUCGAGAACUCUGCUGGAUUCGGUACUAGCACUGUUGAUGUGCGUAUUACCGGUGCUAGUGGCAAGACCGUUGUUGUCAAGAACGUCGGUGUUGGCUCUGGCAACGAGGUUACUGCCAAGUCGAACCUGUAA